GACGGUAAUACAGGCUGCGGGGUUUUUUAACUUUCGGUACCAGUAUUGCUGCAUCAUAAAAGCCCGUAUAAAAGCCCGUGUCUGAUAACAAACAAACCACACAACGCAUUCGCCAUGGUGUAUCUACUGAUUUUAAUUUUAAGCCUCAUAAACAGAGCUUAUCUUUCGGAUAUUGUAGCACAAGGGAACACAUCUGUGGAGUUCGGUCAGGAUGCCUCGUUCUCUUGUACGCGGUCAGACGCGUCCGGCGUCAAACAGAUCACCUGGCAGCGGGUGAGCGGCACGGAGCCGGUACAAACUCUGGCUACAUACAGCGAUCUCUACAAGGAUCACGUGCACGAACAGUAUGUCGGGAAAGUCACUUUCACGGCGGCGUCAGUUAAUUCAACGUCCAUCAAGAUCAAACACGCAACGUUUGAAGACGAGGCUUGCUACAUUUGUUCCUUUAAGGUGUAUCCAAUCCAACCUCAACGACAGACGCUGUGUCUCACUGUUAAAGGCGUAUCAGAAAUAACAGCGUCGGUGAAUCCUGCGCCCAGUUCUGCUCCAGAUGUUGUAGUCUCGUGUUCAGCGACUGGUAAACCAGCCCCAACUAUCCUCUGGAAAUCUGCAGGGAGAGAGUUGAACGAUUUUCGGGAAACUAAUUUCACAACGCUCAACAAAGACAGUUCAACCACAGUUACGAGCAACCUCACUCUACCACUGUCACAGUUUCAUGGGAAGUACGUGGAAUGUGUGGCUCGGAGUGACGACACAGAGAAGAGCGACCAAAUCUAUGUGUCUGAUAAAGAUUAUGUGAACCUUACACCAAGAAGUUACAUCAUUACAGUUUCAGUCCUCAUUGUCAUGACUGUUGUGGUUGUCAUUUUUGCCAUCUGUCUUCACACUGCACUAAAGAGAGGUAUUUUUGGGAUAAAAUCUGCUUAUGAGGAACCCCUUAAUGCCCCAAUCGAGGAAUGUUAACUCUGCUGCUCCUGUACCUCAUAGCAUGGAUAUUUUGCUCACAAUCUUUGUCAACUUUUAAGUACAAAAAUGUGUAUUCCAUAAAGGAAUCGUGAAUUUCAUGUCUAGUAUUUAAAAAAUUAUUUAUUUAUGAUUAUUGUGCAGCAUUCCAUUACAUUAGUGCAGCUGCAUGAUUAUUGUACCAUACAGAUGAUAUUUAUUCUGUAACUUUAGAUUUUCUUAGGCUCAUGUAUUUGCACUUUAUUUGAAUGCACUGAAUAGUUUUUAAUUGUCUGCUUGUGGAGUUGAAUCUGCGACAGUUAUUUAUACAUUCCUAAAUACCGGCUCUGUGCUAGUCUUGACAUUUUUCAACAAUCCUUGAUGUCACGCUUCAUAGUGUUAACAGUCCUGUGUUGAGCGAUGACAGUGAUUUGUGGAAGUGAAAAGCAUUAUUACCCAAUACAAGGUAAAUCUAGUUUUCAGCAAUGUACAACAAAGUGAAAGUUAUUCAAUUAAUGUACACAGAAGCUCUUUUGUGGUUUCCUGCAUGAAACUCUAAACGCUGCAGAGAUAUUUUUAGUAUUUCUACUAUUGUUUGCAGUUGACUGCAACUAGCACGGUGGCUGUACUGUGAACAUAUUUGUAUUGUUGAAAAUAUUUCUGUGUGUGUUACAGAGUGUGAUUAACCAAUAAUAUAACACUCCAUUGAAAUAAAAAAAAAAAACAUAUAUAUAUGAA